AUGGGUCACCAUUGUUUCAAGUGGCAGUACGUGCUUGAGCAUAACCGUGCGGAAUCGCAGAGAUUCACUGAUGAGGGUAUUAGACUAGAGCCUAGCCGACUCUAUUCGCCAUCAGAACAUCUCGGCUCACGUGGGAUCGCUUCUGGUCAUCAACUAAACUACACUGCUCCCGUCUACUCGGACAAAGAGCCGCGAGGCGUGCACUGCAGUGACAGUGAAGUAGAGCCUGGGCUAUGUGCUUUUACAGUGCCGGACAAUCGUACACAUCUGCAGUUUCUUGAUAACGAGGAAGUGGAAGCAAGAAUCAUCGCACUGAUCCCCCAGAUGGAAAGUUGGUUAUAUGGCGCGCUGCCCAUCCCAGACAAGGUUGACAGCCAGAUAAAUAAUUCAGGAGUUGUCUUUCCUACCACGGAGAUUGACCUUCCCCUUAUUCCAGUGCGGGAUCUGCUAUACAAAGGUAUUGGAACGUUCACUCUCCUCCGCACCUACAAAGAAACCACCACUCCAUAUAACUUUGCCCAGGGUAUCUGCACAGUUCUGCGGGUAAAUAGAGUGGGUAAAAUUGGCCAACAAGAAAUUGGAUCAGCCAAGUCCAUCUGGGUUGGUCGCCAGACUGCCUUGUCGGCUGGCCUUAUCCUUUUGAUAACUCGUCCACCUGGUAUGGUCGCUGGGAAAGACCCCGAGUGA